AUGGACUGGGCUAUCCUCGACCUAGGAUACAAGCCGGUCAGCAAACGGACCAUCAACAUCUCCGACCUGGAUGUGCACGUCUGGGGCUUGGAUCUGAUUGAGCGCAGCACGCUGCCCAUCGCCAUGAUUGUGCUGUCUCACGGGUGGGCCAACAAGGCGCGCGACAUGGAGCCGAUGGCCAGCGGACUGAUCGGCGAGAUCCGCCGGCUUGAGGCCGAAAGUGGGCGCCGCAAGACGCGCGACGUGAUUGUCGCCACGCUUGAUCAGCGCAACCACGGCGAGCGCCGCAGAAUCCGGACGAAGGAGAAGUUCGAGACCAACCCAGCGAGGCUGAUCUCGGCUGCUGCAAACAUCAUGGGCGGCGCCAUGGACCACGAGUACAUCAUGAACCUGCUCCCGGCCUACCUCUUCCCCCGCAGCGAGCGUGUCGUUGAGGAGUACAUGUGCGCUGGCUUCUCCAUGGGUGGCCACGUCACUUGGCGUAUGGUACGCGAAGACCCUCGGGUCAAGAUUGCCGUUCCGAUCUGCUCGUUGCCUGGCGAGGCGCUGGGCCCGCUGCUGAUGAAGCGUGCCGAGAUGCUGCCCGACCAGACGUAUCUCCCGCCCUCAGUCGAGAAGUUCUUCUUGGAGCGGAGCGCCCCAGGGACAUAUGCUGGGAAGAAGAUUCUCGCGUUGCAUGGCGACCUUGAUGCCCUCAUGCCGUGGCAGUGGGCUGAAGAUGAGUGGCAGCGUGUUGCGGGUGAGUGCUCGCCCGGCGAGAGCGAGCGGUGGGUCGAUCCCGACUACGGGCACGUUGUGAGCCAGGAAAUGGUCAGGCGGACCGCUGAGUGGUUCUGGCGCUGGGGGCUGAGCUCCGCGUAG